AUCCUCGCAAACUUACGCUUAAGACGAUUGCUUUCAUCAACUUUCUCAAAAUACGGUAUAUAUAACCAGAUACUUAUUCAUUUAAAACGAUCUCAGUGCAGAAGAAACGGUUGAGCAUCGGCACUAUGCUGUCUUACUCCGACAAUGUUGCUAUCAUCGGGGCCGGUCUUGCUGGACUUGCAGCCGCUUUAUCUCUCCAUGGGCUCUCAAUCAAGUGUUCCGUAUUUGAAAUGCGCAACACCAACGCCGCGCCACCGAAAUCGAGCGGCGCAUUGAUGCUAGCACCCAAUGCAUUGAAGAUCCUAGAUCAAUUAGGUGUCUACUCCGAGAUCAAGAAAAAAGGCUACCUUUUUGAACAUGUAUAUUAUAAGAAUGCGGACGAACAGACCACUGAGCGCUACCCGUUUGGCAAUGAGUCUGCCUUUGGCUACAAGGCGUUGCGCAUAUAUCGUCAGGACCUCCUCGAUGUUCUCUAUACUGCCUGCGUCGAGCGAAGCAUCCCAAUUCACUUUGGCAAGAAAUUCGCCAAAGUGGUCGAUGAGUCGGAUACCCGUGUCACAUUCAGUUUCACCGACGGGAGUACUGAAACGGCUUCCUUGCUCAUCGGAUCAGAUGGCAUCCACAGCAAGCUGAGAGACUAUGUGAUUCCUGGUGUUGAGAAGAAAUUUGUAGGCCUUGCCGCCUUAACAUGGGAGACUCCGACAGAGCAGCUACGAAUCCCCGAGGACAAGGAUUACAAGUUCCCUGUCACCGUAUUGACAGCAAACGGCGCGUUUGUUCUUGCGCCCCAGAAGCCUGAUGGCUCGGCGAUGCUAGCUGGGACUCAAAUCGCUAUCGAAGAUAAAAAUAGGGAGGGCUGGGACACUUUUAUGGCUGACAAGGAGGCUCUAGUUGCGCGAGUGACAACCAAUCUUGAGGUCUGGCCUGACAUUGCCAAGUCUAGCAUGGAGGUUAUCGACCGUGACACCAUGAACGUAUGGCCAUUCUACGCGAUCCCCAGACUGCCUAAUUGGACCUCCCCGAAAUAUCAGCGUGUGGUUAUUCUUGGUGAUGCCGCUCACGCGAUUCCUCCAACUACAGGCCAAGGUGCGUCACAAGCCUUUGAAGAUGUCACGAGUUUAGCCUUGAUAUUGGCGGCAGUAAGAGAAAACGUAGGUUUAGAAUGGGGAGAAGCAUUAAAGUACUGGCAAAGGAUGCGCCAAGAUCGUAUUGACGAUCUCCUUGUCUUAACACGACAGCUCAACAACAAGCGCCUGCCCCCGGAGAAACAGGCUCUAUUGCCGAAAGAAGACCUGUGGUUCGACGAAUCAGCGACAAACCCGAAUCAAAUGUCUUGGCUGUAUGCCCCUAAAAUUGAGGAAGCUAUUAAGUCGUGGACCCAGAAGGCGUUAUGAACCAAAUCACGGCACUGAAAACUAGUCGAUUACAUGGAGACAUUCUGAGAUGCCUUCAACCUUCAAGAACAAUGGUCUCCGAAGAUUCUUGAGAUUGCGAAUAUAACAUAAUAUUUUAGAUAGCAAAUACCGAGCUAGAAAAACACGUCACAAAUAUUUGUACU